AUGGCGGAGAACGACGUCGACAACGAGCUCCUGGACUAUGAGGACGACGAAGUGGAGGCGGGGGCCGGGGGGGAGGGCCCCGAGGCGCCCCCCAAGAAGGAGGUGAAGGGCUCCUACGUGUCCAUCCACAGCUCCGGCUUCAGGGACUUCCUGCUCAAACCCGAGCUGCUCCGGGCUAUUGUGGACUGCGGCUUCGAGCACCCCUCUGAAGUGCAGCACGAGUGCAUCCCUCAGGCCAUCCUGGGCAUGGACGUGCUGUGCCAGGCCAAGUCAGGCAUGGGCAAGACAGCCGUGUUCGUGCUGGCCACCCUGCAGCAGCUGGAGCCCGUCACCGGGCAGGUCUCGGUACUGGUGAUGUGUCACACGCGGGAGCUGGCCUUCCAGAUCAGCAAAGAGUACGAACGCUUCUCCAAGUACAUGCCCAGUGUGAAGGUAUCGGUGUUCUUCGGGGGUCUGUCCAUCAAGAAGGACGAGGAGGUGCUCAAGAAGAACUGCCCCCACAUCGUGGUGGGGACCCCGGGCCGCAUCCUGGCGCUGGCGCGCAACAAGAGCCUCAACCUCAAGCACAUCAAGCACUUCAUCCUGGAUGAGUGCGACAAGAUGCUCGAGCAGCUCGACAUGCGUCGGGACGUGCAGGAGAUCUUCCGCAUGACCCCCCACGAGAAGCAGGUCAUGAUGUUCAGCGCCACCCUCUCCAAGGAGAUCCGCCCCGUCUGCCGCAAGUUCAUGCAAGACCCUAUGGAGAUCUUUGUGGACGACGAGACGAAGCUGACGCUGCACGGCCUGCAGCAGUACUACGUCAAGCUCAAGGACAACGAGAAGAACCGCAAGCUCUUCGACCUGCUCGACGUGCUCGAGUUCAACCAGGUGGUGAUCUUCGUCAAGUCGGUGCAGCGCUGCAUCGCCCUGGCGCAGCUCCUGGUGGAGCAGAACUUCCCGGCCAUCGCCAUCCACCGCGGGAUGCCCCAGGAGGAACGGUUAUCCCGGUACCAGCAGUUCAAGGACUUCCAGCGCCGCAUCCUGGUGGCCACGAACCUGUUUGGGCGGGGGAUGGACAUCGAGAGGGUGAACAUCGCCUUCAACUACGACAUGCCCGAGGACUCGGACACCUACCUGCACCGGGUGGCCCGGGCGGGCCGGUUCGGCACCAAGGGCCUGGCCAUCACCUUUGUGUCGGAUGAGAACGAUGCCAAGAUCCUCAACGACGUCCAGGACCGCUUCGAGGUGAACAUCAGCGAGCUCCCCGACGAGAUCGACAUCUCCUCCUACAUUGAACAGACCCGAUAAAGGCCACGCCCCUCCCCCCACCCCUCCCCCCACCCCCCCUCCCCCAUCCAGGGCCUUUUAUA